UCGUACAGUGUUAUGUGUGCAUGUUGGUCUGCUGGGUCAUUAAAGUGAGAUCAAGCUGAAUAUGAAUGAUUAUUUCCUGAAGAUGUUACAUCUUUUUGGCGACGAGGAUUACUCAGAAGAGAAGUAAAACAAAAAGAGUGACGGGAGCCUGCGACAGGUUUGGCUAAAAGACAGAGGGAGAGAGAGCGGGGAUACGAAGAGGAAACAUGGCUACAAUCGGUACGUUGGCACCGUACGAUCCCAAAAGCCAAACGUGGGAUGAGUACAGUGAAAUACUGGAGCAGUUUUUCGCAGCUAAUGGGAUUACUAACGCAGACAGGCAAAAGGCAAUAUUAAUAAGUGUCGUUGGAGCAUCGACCUACAGCCUGAUGCGUAACCUUCUCAGCCCAGCCAAGCCAAAGGACAAAACUUUCCAAGAGCUUGUAACUCUGAUGAAAAACCACUUUGAACCAAAGCCCAGUGAAAUUGUGCAAAGGUACAAAUUUGAUUCCCGCAACCGCAAGCCCAGUGAAACUGUCAUGGAGUACGUGGCCGAGCUGCGUCGCUUAGCGCAGGAUUGUAACUAUGGCAACACGUUGCAACAGAGGCUGAGAGACCGGAUCGUCUGCGGAAUUAAUGACGACAGAAUUCAGAGGCGUCUCCUGUCAGAAACAGACCUCACGUUUGACAAGGCUCUGUCAAUCGCUGUGUCACUGGAGACCGUAAAUAAAAAUGCCCAGGACCUACGGACCUCAGGUGCGACAGCAAAAUGUUUCAGCGUCACCCGAGGGUCGCAGGAGGCUCGUACAUUUAAAGGAGAAAGCAGAGAGUGUUAUCGAUGCAAAGGAACCAAUCACACAGCAGCCAACUGUAAGUACAAACAAGAAAAAUGUUAUGUUUGUGGCAAAGUAGGCCACAUAACAAGAGCAUGUAGGAACAAAGCUAAACAGAACCAGAAGAAGUAUGGACUAAAAACUGAAAAGACAGACAAAAAGCAGAGUUCACACUACCAUUCUCACAAAGUUCAUGAGAUAGGUGAUGGAAGUAAAAGUGAGAGCUCAGAAGAGGACUCAUUCACACUUAACUGUAUCAAGUGUAUCCAAGAGCAUCAGAGUAAACUGUACAGAUUAGGGUGCCGGAGUGCAGUGCACCUGAGAAAAGUAGACCCCUACACUGUGGAUAUGGAACUUAAUGAUCAAGUUUUAACCUUUGAAAUUGAUACUGGAUGCUGCCUAACAGUUACAAAUGAACAGACUUGGAAAUGCUGCAAACUCCCCAGCCUGAGGCCUGCCAAAAUCAAGCUGGAAUCAUACACAGGGGAUCCUGUGAAGGUGAUUGGUGUAACAGCUGUCAGAGUCAGGUACAAGCAGCAGAGGAAAACACUGCCCCUUGUGGUGGUCGAAGGGGACGGCCCCAGCUUGCUAGGACGAGGCUGGCUAGAGGAAAUACACCUGGACUGGAGAGAAAUCAAAAACAAACACAAAGCUAAGAAGGUGCACCAGGUAAAGACAACAGAAAAUAACACACUACAGCAAGUUUUAAGCAAACAUGAGGAUGUGUUCAAAGAGGAGUUGGGCACCCUGAAAGGCACAAAAGCAACCAUUCAUGUAAAACGGGAUGCUACCCCACGAUUUUUCCGUCCACGAUCAGUUCCGUUUGCCAUGCGAGCAAAAGUAGAUGAGGAAAUAGACCGACUGCUAAAAGAAAACAUAAUCUCACCUGUGAAAUAUGCUGAAUGGGCGGCACCUGUUGUGCCGAUUCUGAAGCCUAUAGGGACAGUAAGGUUGUGUGGAGACUACAAGCUUACUGUAAACACAGUAGCUUCUCUGGAACAGUAUCCAAUACCCAGAGUGGAGGACCUGUUUGCUGCACUUUCUGGAGGAAAGCAGUUCUCAAAACUGGAUAUGAGCCACGCUUACCAGCAAAUACUCCUGGAUGACAAGUCCAAAAAGUAUGUGACAGUGAACACACACCGGGAGCUGUUCACAUAUAACAGACUGCCUUUUGGAGUGGCUUCUGCUCCAGCCAUUUUCCAGAGGACCAUGGAAGGCCUUUUGAAAGGGAUACCCCUAGUGGCUGUGUAUUUAGAUGACAUUUUGGUGAGCGGGGUGAAUGAGGCAGAUCAUCUAAAGAACCUGGAUGAGGUGUUGGUCAGGUUGAAAGAGGCAGGCUUACGAUUGAAAAGAAGUAAGUGUGUCUUCAUGCAAAAUGACGUGGAGUACUUGGGGCACAAAGUGGAUGCACAGGGGCUGCACCCUGUAGAAAAGAAAGUUAAAGCCAUCAUGGACGCUCCUACUCCUACAAGUGUCACAGAACUCAAAGCAUACUUAGGUUUGCUAAACUAUUACAACAAGUUCCUUCCCAAUCUGGCAACACUGCUGGCCCCCCUGCAUGAACUCUUAAGGAAGGACAUGCGUUGGACAUGGCAAAAGAAGCAAGAAGAAGCUUUUCAGAAAUCAAAGGCUCUGUUGAACUCAGCAGAUGUGUUGGUUCAUUACUCAGCAGACCAAGAGUUAAUUCUCUCUUGUGACGCAUCUCCAUACGGUGUGGGCGCCGUUUUGUCACACAAGAUGAAUGAUGGCAGUGAAAGACCCCUGGGGUUCAUGUCACGCACACUCUCUCCAGCUGAAAAGAGAUAUUCUCAGCUUGACAAAGAAGGUUUGGCUGUAAUGUUUGGCAUCCAGAAAUUCCACAAAUAUUUGUAUGGUCGAGUCUUCACUAUUUAUACAGACCAUAAGCCCCUGAUUUCUCUUUUCAACAUGAAGAAGCCUAUACCUCAGAUGGGCUCACCAAGAGUGCAAAGAUGGGCUGUGACAUUGAGUGCCUAUGAGUACCACAUUGUGUACAAACCUGGAAAACACCAUGUAAAUGCAGAUGCGCUUAGCAGAUUACCUGUACCAGACACGGCCCCUGAAAAAGAGAUGACAGAACAAGUCUUAAUGAUGGAUGUAUUAGAUGACACACUUGUGGACACCACACAGCUCAAACGCUGGACAGCUAAGGAUAUCAUCUUGUCCCAAGUUCAUGAGUAUACCUUAAAGGGCUGGCCGGCACAGACAGAUACUCGCUUCAAACCAUAUCAACAAAGAAAAAUGGAACUGAGUGUGAGGGAUGGAUGUGUGCUCUGGGGAGCUAGAGUAAUUAUCCCCACCAAAGGCAGAGACAAAAUACUGAAACUUCUGCACCAGACUCACACAGGCAUGUCAAAGAUGAAGGGCCUGGCAAGGUCAUAUGUAUGGUGGCCGGGGAUGGAUGAGAGUAUCGAAAGAGAGGUACAGUCAUGUGACGAGUGUCAAAAACACCACAAAUCACCACCCACUGCACCAUUACACCCCUGGGAAUGGCCAGAAUCACCGUGGUCAAGGAUUCAUGUGGAUUAUGCAGGGCCAUUCUUAGGUGACAUGUUUCUCCUCAUUGUGGAUGCUCAUUCUAAAUGGAUGGACAUUUACCCAGUGAAAUCGCCUACAUCACAGGCUACCAUCGAGAAACUGAAACAGAGUUUCAGUGUGUUCGGUCUGCCGAAAAUGUUGGUAUCAGACAAUGGAACAUGUUUUACAAGUGCUGAAUUUGCGACAUUCAUGAAGCGAAAUGGAAUUGAUCAUGUGAGAUCAGCACCUUUUCAUCCAUCUUCCAAUGGCCUGGCAGAGAGGGCAGUCCAGACCUUCAAGGAGGGGAUGAAGAAAGUAAAAGGUGACACACUGCAAACAAGACUGUCAAGAUUUCUGUUCAGUUAUCGCAUUACGCCGCAUGCAACAACAGGCUUGUCACCAGCGGAGUUGAUGAUGUCUCGGAGACUCAGAUCAGCUUUUGACCUGCUCAUGCCUGAUGUAAAAACCAAAGUGCAGCAAAAACAACUGAAACAGAAAGAGAGUCAUGACACAAAGAAGAAACUGAGAAGUUUUGCACCAGGAGACAAGGUGUUCAUCAGAAACUACUCCUACGGUCCAAAGUGGAUCCCAGCUGUUAUCUUGAGCUCAUCAGGUCCUGUGUCAUACACUGUCACCAUUGGAAAUGGUCAAACCCUGAAACGACAUGUGGAUCAGGUGAGAUCCAGAUUAAAAGACACUGUCCCAAGUGAACUAGACACAGAGGGGGAACCGGGACCUGACACAGACUCGGGCUCCCACAACUGCUUACCCACCAUAAUGGACACAACUUCACAAGCCUUGUCAUGUGAUCCUCAGGAGCUGCCACCUGCUCCAAACAUCCAGGCUCAGCCUGAUGCACCAGCUGCGCCUGAGGUGCGACGUUCUCAGCGAGAGAGACGUUCACCUGUGCAUCUCAAAGACUUUGUUAGAUAGAGACUUUUUUCUUGGAGAAGUUAUGUGCUCUAAGUUCACAGAUGUUUCUUUGUAGUAAAAAAAAAAAAAAGAAAAAAUAUAUAUAAUAUUGUUCUA